CUUCCUUCAUGCUAUACAUAGUAUACAGUCAUAAGUGUUUCGCAUUUAUUUUUAUCAUUUUUAUUGAGGAUUAAAAGUUUGUAAAAAGCAAAUUUGUGAGAUGUUGUUGAAGGAUAAAGUUUGUAUAAUUACGGGUGGUGCUGUCCAAAUUGGCAGAGCUUUUGCGGAGCAGCUUUUGAAAGAUGGAGCAUUUAUUUCCAUUUUCGAUUUGGACAGUGAUUCAGGGGAAUUGUGCUGUGCUGAAUUACAGCAACAGUUUGGCAAAAAUCGAAUAAUUUUUUGUCAUUGUGACGUGACUGACUACACUCAAUUUGAAGAAUCAUUCUUAACGACUAAGGACACUUUUGGUCGGAUUGACAUUUUAGUAAAUAAUGCAGAAAUACAAAAUGAUAAAUUUUGGGAACUGGAAACGGAUGUAAACUUGAAUGGCUUCAUUCGUGGAACUUUAUUGGCUUAUCAAUUUAUGUCAAAAGGUAAAGGAAAUGGUGGAACUAUUGUCAAUAUCGGAUCAUCUUGCAGCACAAAACCAUUUGUAUCAUCACCAAUAUAUACAGCAACUAAGCAUGCAAUAAUUGGAUUAACAAAAGCAUACGGGGAUCAAUAUCAUUUUAAUCAAACUGGAGUACGUGUGAUUUGCUACUGUGUGGGACCAACAGAAUCUGAUUCCAUAUCACACAGCCGUCAAAACAACAAUACACCCAACCAUGAACGUGCACGGAAAAUUGAUAUGCAAGGCAUGCGAUACCAGAAGCUAGAUCACGUGGCAAAGGAACUCAUUCCAAUCAUAUUGAAUGCAUCGUCAGGAAGUCUCUGGCUUGUUAAGAACGAUGAGAAGUCAAAGGAAAUCCCUUACUCAAAUGAAAUCUUUUAAGAAUCUUUUGAAAAAUCUAAUUUCGACUUCAUCUCUCAACUAUUUCUUAUUGGUUUCGAUUCAAUCGAUAGUUUCUAGCAUUAAGGAAUCGGUUGGGGGUCCUUAGUUUAAAUAAUGGUUUUGUUUUUGAAAAAAUUGUUCAAAAUAUUAAUUGGGUUGUCAAAAAUGAUGUUCAUUAUUACAUAGGUGUCAUAAAUCCAUCACUUUGUAGGGUUGUUGGGAUGACAGAGUAUGACAACGAAGAAGGGAGAGUCAAUAAACCAUAACUUUUGAUAGACGUUAUUUGUGAACACCCCAUAAAUUAUUCAAACAAAGGACCCCCUUAACCAAUAUUAUC